CUUCCCCUUCCCAACGCUCUCGCUGCAGAGGAAAGGCGAAGAUGGCGAUGACCGUCGAAGGUGCUGCACUCGCGUUCAUGUUCUCCACGAGUAUUCUACUGCAGAUACUGGCAUGCGCUUUGUACAGCAACUGGUGGCCCAUGUUAGCAGCUCUCAUGUACGUCCUUGUACCAAUGCCAUGCCUGUUUUUUGGUGGUGGAUCCACACACUUCUUGACCAGCAGAGAAGGUGGAGGGUGGAUUAAUGCUGCAAAAUUCUUGACUGGUGCAUCGGCCAUGGGAAGCCUUGCUAUUCCAGCAAUUCUGAGGCAUGCUGGCUUAAUCGAGACCGGGGCCAUGUUCAUCGAGUUCACGUCCUUCUUCAUCCUUGUAUGCACAGUGCUGUGCUUCCAUAGGGCGACUCUGGAUGAAGACUGGUAAAUGCGCAUUUCACCGACACCCUGAACCCUAGCGGUUCUUGGCUGCUUCUGUCCAUGCUAAGAAAUAUUCCUGUUGGAAGCUAACAUGGAUCUGUACAAAGAAGCGUAUUUCGAGCGUAGCCGUAGCUGAUGUCUUAUGUAGACACUUGUGAAGAUUAUGUGGUCAUGUGGCAAUGCAGAUGUUAUUACCUUCACUUUGACUUUGUCGUCACAUGUUCUAUGGUGAAGGAAGGAAUCAUCCGUGUAAACCAUGGCCAGGGCACGCCCUACUUGGCUCCUAAUUCUAUCGCAGGCUUUGGGGUUAACCUAUUAUGAAUGGAAUAAUAGGAUCUUGAUGACCGAAAGAAAAGGGAGAGCUAAUUAGUCACAUGGCUCGGCCGAUGUAUUUUUUUUUCAUGUUUGCAUUCAUGAAUCUGUCUAGGAUAUUACAUAUUGUGGUCUGAAUCUUUAUAAAUCACUUGUUUUGCGGUCUGAAUCUUUAUAAA